AGGGCAUCACAGGCCAAAGUAACGAAGAAGGCAAAUUCAGAGAUAGUGAAAAUAAUUGAAUUUAUUGUUUAUAUCAAUUAGUCUAACUAUUACAAGUUAUAUAUAUAUCAAUCACCGUAAUUAAUAAUCAGAUCAAUUGACUAUUCAAUACCAUACUAGAGUUAUAGUUUCCAUUGCCAAUGAGUGUAAUUACUAGACAAUUGAUCAGAUCAGCUAUUCGAUCUGGUCCAAGUCAUUAUAGCAGUUCAUCAACAUAUGCGUCAAUUAAACAAUUACGUCAAUUCAGCUAUAAUCCUAAACUAAGUAGUAGCAAUUUGGCCUUCAUGUUUGAUAUUGAUGGUGUAUUAUUGAGAGGUGAACAAGCCAUUGCCAAUGCCAAACCUGCAUUAGAAUUAUUGAAUCAUCACAAAAUUCCUUUUAUAUUAUUAACUAAUGGAGGAGGAGUUCGUGAAGCUGAUAGAGUGGAAUUCAUUAGUUCUGUCCUUGACUUACAGAUUAGUCCGUUACAAAUUGUUCAAAGUCACACUCCUAUGAAAGCAUUAGCUCAUAAACAUGCUUAUGAUCGUGUUUUAGUUGUCGGAGGUCCUGGUGAUAGCGCUAGAACUUGUGCUUUAGAAUAUGGAUUCCAUGAUGUUGUUAUGCCAAUUGAUUUGGUAAGAGCAAACCCAUCUAUUUCUCCUCAUCAUAGAUAUACUGAAGAAGAUUUCCAAAAAUUUGCGUUGGAGCCAGUCGAAAGUCACUUGGAUAAACCAAUUGAAGCCAUUUUGGUUUUUAAUGAUCCACGUGAUAUGACUACUGAUAUACAAGUUGUAAGUGAUUUAUUAAAUUCAAACCAUGGUAUAGUUGGUACUAAAAGAAAGAUUGAAAAUUUAAAGCAUAGAGAAGAACCCUCAAUCCCAAUUAUCUUUAGUAAUAAUGAUUAUUUAUGGGCUAACGAUUAUAAUUUGCCAAGAUUUGGCCAGGGUGCUUUCAGGAUCAUUGUAGAAGCAUUAUAUAAACACACCAACCAAUUGAAGGCUUCGGAACAUUUGCAUUCUAUCGUUAUGGGAAAGCCAUUUAAAAUUCAGUAUGAUUAUGCCCAUCACGUAUUAAUUGAUUGGAGAACGAAAUUAGUUGCGGAUGAUACUGCAAAUACUGAACAAAUAUUACCUAAUCUUGGAGAAACUCCUACAAACUCUCCAUUUGAAAAGAUUUAUAUGAUUGGAGACAAUCCAGAAUCAGAUAUCAAGGGUGGUAAUGACAAUGGCUUAGAGACAGCACUAGUCAGAACUGGAGUUUUCAGAGAUGAAGAUUUUAAUUCAAUUGUUGCUAAACCUACGGUUGGAGUAUUUGAUGAUGUGUAUGAAUCUGUUACAGCCAUUUUAGAGAAACACAAAGUCAUCUAAUUUCGUGUGACCUUUAGACAAGGUUUCAUUUCGUCAAAACCAUUAUUUUUGUGGAGAAAUUUAUUCUAUUUUAUUUUUUGUCGUACAUAUAAUUCUUUCAAUAUAUAUUGCUUAAUUUCUAU